AUGUACUAUGCUCCUUCCAGACCUAAAGAGAUAGAAAAGUUUCCCAUAGGAUAUAUUAAACCUAUUGCUUAAAACCUAGAAUAUCUCUAACGACCACCAGUAGAUGAUCGUAGAAUUUAAGAUUAUUACGGAAAAGCUUAAGAUUAGCCUACUCAAUAGAUGAGAACAUAAAAUAAAGAAAAGCUACUUAAUUAAGGAAGUUUCUAUUAACCUUAAUAGUUUACUCAAGAGAAAUAAUGGGAUAAUAUAUAAAAGGAAAUUUAAAACCAAUAAGUUGGAACUAAUAUCAACCCUUAAAGAAUAACAUCUCAAGAGACAUUUUAGAGUGCCCCUUUUAAGACAAUAUAUACUGAUGAAAAUAUUUACGAGCUUGUAGGCGCUCCUUAAAAUUUUCCAUUAAGCGAAGUGCAACUUUAGGUAAGUAGAAUAUCUCCUUCAAAUUUAAGGGGACCAAAUAGAGGAUAUGAGUAAAGCUUGAGAGGAUAUUCUUAAGAUUUUUAAUAACCUAGUUUUGGUUUUUUUCCUUAAGAUUUUAGAGAUGUCCCUUCAGAAUAGAUCGGGCUGCCUCUUUAAGGAUAUAGAAGGAUGGCUCCUCCAGGAAUACUAAAUGAUUAUAGAAGAGGAAUUCCAGAACCAGUUUUAAGUUAAAGAAAUCAUGGGAGAGAAUUAAGAAGAGAUUUUUAAAAUAGAGCUAUUCCAAUAACCGAUUAUAGAUAAGGAUAUCCAGUAAAUUUUCAAGAACCUCUUUAGAUUUUAAAUGGGAGAAACGAUUUACCAUUAGAAUAUAGAGGAUAUCCCUAUUAGGAUUAUGAUAGAUAGAGGUUUGAACCUCCAUUUGAAUAUAGAACGUAUCGUGAUCCUAGAGAUUUGCCAGCUCCUGAUUAUUAUGCACCAGAAUAUCGAAGAUUUUCUCCUAUUGGAAUGUAAAGAGACUUCAAUGAGAGAAUCCCUUUUAAUCAAGGAUUACCUUAUUAGGAUGAAGUAUAUCCUCCUUUAUAUGGGAGAAUGGACUAGUAAAUAUUUAGGGAGGGGAGACAAGAUUACGAUUCAGGUAGAUUUUAUCCUCCAUAUGAAGAAAGAGGAAAUUAUUUUAAUCAAAGGAUCAAAUAGGUUUGA